AUGGCUCUUCCGCCAAAAUUCUCUGGCCAGCUCCUGGCCUCGGCCUCCAGCAACGAAGCGAAGCACACCAUUGAACUCUACCUGGAUUAUGUCUGCCCCUUCUCCGCGAGGAUGUUCAAGACGUUCUACAAGAGUGUUGCACCUGUCAUUGAGAGGAAGUACACCAACCCUGGCGUCCGCGUCAUCCUCCGCCAACAGAUUCAACCAUGGCAUCCUUCUUCCACUCUGGUUCACGAAGCUGGUGCUGCCGUUCUGAAAACCGCUCCUGGCUCCUUCUGGGCAUUUUCCGAGAAACUGUUUGAGCAACAAAAGGAUUAUUUCGACGUCAACGUGGUGAACGAGAGUCGAAAUGACACGUACAAAAGACUUGCCAAGCUGGCCGGCUCCGUGGACGGUGUUGACGAGAAGACCAUUCUGGACUUGUUGCUGGUACCUGACAAGCCAGACAAGGAUGGCGGACUCAAUAUUGGGAACAAGGUCACUGACGAUGUGAAGUUCAUGGUCAAGGCAAACAGAGUUACUGGUGUCCAUGUAACACCGACCGUCUUGUUCAAUGGCGUAGAGGAACGCAGCAUCAGUUCAGGUUGGACAUUAGAGCAGUGGGAGGAGUGGCUGCAAAAGAACGCGAGCUGA